AUGGCCCCCUCUGCAACGGAAGGUUUAUCCACGUCAAAGCCUAUCUACAGGAGCGGGGAUCCCAGCCUCACGAUUCCCGAAGACGUUCCAAAAGGCCCCCCUUCCUUUGAUGAUAAGUAUGAGGAACGCAAAUAUCUUAAACACCGGCUGGCUCUUGCGUUUCGGAUUUUUGCAAAAUUUGGAUUUUGCGAAGGAGUUUCUGGACAUAUAACACUGAGAGACCCUGUCCAUCCUCAGAACUUCUGGGUCAAUCCUUUUGGUCUCCAUUUCUCCCUAAUCACGGCCGACGAUCUCAUUCUUGUCAACCAUGACGGAAAAGUUAUUGAUGGAGGCAGGAACAGAUUCCUCAAUUAUGCUGCCUUCGCGAUCCAUUCAGAGAUCCAUGCUGCACGUCCGGAUGUAUUGUGUGCAGCACAUUCUCAUAGUCUUUAUGGCAGAGCCUUCUGUGCAACUGGUCGCACCUUGGAUCCGUUAACUCAAGAUGCUUGCAACUUCUACAACGAUCACGUUUUAUAUGAGAAUUUUGGCGGAGUUGUUCUUGCAUCUGAGGAAGGCAAGAAUAUUGCGAAAGCACUCGGGAGCAAGAGAGCUGCGCUGCUGGGGAACCACGGUUUACUCACAGUUGGAAAGUCAAUUGAGGAAGCGGUUGCAAUGUUUGUACUUCUGGAUAGAUGUUGCCAGGUCCAGCUCGCAGCUGAUGCAUCGGCGGCUGGUAGUGGUAAACCUUUGGUGAAAAUUGGCGAUAUAGAAGCCAAGGCAACGUGGGAAGCUAUUGGGACAAGUGCAUCAGGAUAUUUCCAGGGACUGCCUCUGUUCCAAAUUGUGGAGCACGAGCUUGGUGAAAGGACGUUCAUGGGAAGAGGCGUCGAACCUAUUUAG